GGGUGUGUGUGUGUGUGUCCCCCUCGGGGGGUGUGUGUGUCCCCCCGGUGAUGGCCACCGGGAAGAACAUCGUCAUCUUCGGGGCCACCGGCAGGACCGGGCUGGCCACUCUGGCCCAAGCCCUAGAGGAGGGUAAACGGUUGACAGUGCUGGUACGGGAUCGGGCCCGGCUGCCGGCCCAGUAUCAACCGGCACGCGUGGUUUUGGGGGACGCACGGGACCCCGCGGCAGUGUCCCGAGCCGUCAGGGGACAGGACGCCGUCAUCAUCCUCCUGGGGACCAGGAAUGACCUGAGCCCCACCACGGUGAUGUCCGAAGGCACCAAGAACAUCAUGACAGCCAUGAAGACCCACGGCGUCCGCAAGGUGGUUGCCUGCCUCUCAGCUUUCCUGCUGUGGGACCUGCAGAAGGUGCCCCCCCGGCUGGUGCCGGUGACGGAGGACCACAUCCGCAUGCACCGUAUCCUCCAGGAUUCAGGGCUCGACUGUGUCUACGUCAUGCCCCCCCACAUCGCUGACGACCAGCCGCUGACGGGGGAUUACACGGUGACGGUGGGCGCAUCCGGAGGCUCCCGGGUUAUUUCCACGCACGACCUCGGCCAUUUCCUCCUGCGCUGCCUCCACACCUCCUGCUACGACGGGAAAAGCGUCUACGUCUCCCGGGAUUAUUCCAAGGAUUAGGGGGAUCCCUCGGGAUCGAUCGGGGUGGUCGGUGGCUCCCCAAAAUCCCCCCUAACUCCCCCCCGCGCAUUCCCAGGGAGAUUAAAUCCAGUUUUUUCCCA